UUUCACUUAAUCCAAACCACUAGUUUAAUGAAUAAAUAACAACAAUACGUAUGUAAAAUAAUUAAAUCAUCACGUGCCAAAAUUAUACCAAAAUAAACUCCAUAAAUGCGCCAAGUUCAAUGAGCCAAGACCAAACCUUAUCAGAUUAUCGUAUUGUUCUCUGUGUGACUGACUGACGAUUGUUUACUUUCGGUUGAUUGGCACUUUGGAAGUUGCCAGGCGGGUUUCUGUGAUACGAUCACAUAUGAAUUGAAGCCCUCCAUUUGUGAUCUAAGAUCAGUCCCCACUGCAGUCUGCAUCUGGUGCUGAUCAGGAAAGGAGAUCCUAUCCAAUCUUCUCCAAAAUGAACUUCCUAAUCCUCAAUUUUGUAGCUCUGCUACUAUUUUCUAUACUUUCCGUUCAAGCUAUUCCAGCUAAAAACCCCCUUUUAAAAGGUGAUAUUACUUUCCCCAAGGAAUCCUUUGAUGAAUGUUUCAUCGAUGAUGCCAAAACGAUUAAAGGAACAUGUUGUCGCAUGGAGGAGUGUCCUACGGCGAUGAAGAAAUGGAUCGAGAAGCGGGAAUCCCCCAAGACCUGUUACUUUGUCAAGUUCGAUCACUUUGUGUGCUGUGAACCGGAAACGGAUACACGCAUACCGGAAAUAAGCACCGUAAUGCCACCACCUAUACCUCUACCCACACCAAGUGAUCCCAAUAGGGUUCCUUACGUCAACCGUAGCAGUCAGGAAUCUUGUUAUUUCUACAACAACCUGCAGAAGGUUAGUGGGAACGAGCUGACCUUCGUGUUCUCUGUUGUCGGCGGAAUGCCCACCCGCUACAGGGAAUACCCCUUCAUGGCGGCCCUCGGCUGGCGAUCGAACUUUGACAAGAAGACCAUCUACUAUCGUUGCGGUGGAGCCCUAAUCUCAGAGAAAUUUGUUUUGACGGCAGCUCACUGCGUCGACUUUGGCGGUGAUCGCCCCAGCCAGGUUCGUUUGGGCGGCGACAAUCUGACCCUGACGGAGGGAGAGGAUCUAGGCAUCCUACGGAUCAUCGUCCAUCCCGAGUACGACUCCAGUACCGAUUACAACGACAUCGCCCUUCUUGAACUGGAGGAACCUGCGGCGCCUGAACUAAAGCCCUCGUGUCUCUGGUAUGAGCCGGAAUUGGCCAACUCCGCUGUCACGGCCAUUGGUUACGGCCAGACAAGCUUCGCCGGCCUCUCCUCCGCCCAGCUACUGAAGGUGCCGCUCCAGCGAGUGUCCAACGACAUCUGCCGGUUUCACUACUCCGCCGAUCAGCUCACCCGUGGCCUGCUGGACAGUCAGCUGUGCGCCGGAGACGACUCCGGGCAGCGAGACACGUGCCAGGGCGACUCCGGCGGACCUCUGCUAAUGACGCGCGGCUUCCUGACCUACGUGGCGGGGAUCACCUCUCACGGACAGGGAUGUGCAAGUGGCCCGCCCACGGUCUACACAAGGGUGUCCAGCUUCCUGGACUGGAUUGAGGGUCAUGUGUGGCCUCAAGGAUUUCAAGUUCCAAGUCGGCGGCCGUCAUUACACCUCCAAUCGCAAUUCAAAAGAGAGACUAGUCCGGAAUUCGAUCUGAGAUCCAGUUUCUAAGUAUCUGUUUUUAUGAUUUAGAAUUUUGAAAAUAAAUAUUUUUUAAUAAAAA